AUAUUUGGAUUUAUGAUAAACUUCUCUGCAUUUCUUGGUGCAGCCACGAUGUACACAAGAUAUAAAAUAGUACAGAAGCAAAAUCAAACCUGCUGUUUCAGCACUCCUGUUUUUAACUUGGUGUCGUUAGUUCUUGGAUUGGUGGGAUGUAUUGGAAUGGGCAUUGUAGCCAAUUUUCAGGAGCUAGCUGUGCCAGUGGUCCACGACGGGGGUGCCCUGUUGGCUUUUGUCUGUGGUGUCGUGUACACGCUCUUGCAGUCUGUCAUCUCUUACAAAUCGUGUCCUCAGUGGAACAGCCUCACGACGUGCCACAUACGGAUGGCCAUCUCUGCCGUUUCCUGCGCAGCUGUCGUCCCCAUGAUUGCCUGUGCUUCCCUAAUUUCUAUAACCAAGCUGGAGUGGAAUCCGAAAGAAAAG